AUGGCAAAGAUCUGGGAAAUGGGAACAGGCACCCAACAUGCUGAGCACUCCAGUUCACCUGUUCAAGUCAAUAUUGACGAGGCAGCUGAGCUGGCCAAUGGUGUUGGGAACAUAGAACCGUCGCUCUGGACUCUGGGCAUGAUUCGCUUGUACGGCUGUUUGUUGAUUGGAUACCUUUGCGCAACGGUGAACGGCUUCGAUGGUGCUGUGAUGGGGACUAUUUCCAUAUGUGAGUUCCUCCAGUUUCCCUAUCGUUGCAAUCGUCUGGCUUACAAUGUGGAUUUUAGGGUGAGCGCGUCCUCCAGCACCGGUAUUAUAUUUGCCAUCUACAGCAUCGGUACUGCGUGCGCGGUUCCAUUCGUUGGUCCCGUUAGUGAUCGAUGGGGAAGACGAUGUGGUAUGUUUGUUGGCGCAGUCAUCGUCAUGCUUGGGACCGUAAUAGCUUCCCGGGCGAUCAAUCAUGGAAUGUUCAUGGGUGGGCGUUUCGUCCUAGGAUUCGGGGUCUCCUUUGUCAAUGUCAAUGGACCCAUAUAUGUCGGCGAGAUGGCCCAUCCCGCCUGGCGUGGUCCUUUGUCCGGUCUUUACAAUUGUUUCUGGUACAUCGGAUCUAUCGUUGCAGCCUGGGUGGUAUACGGAACAAAGACCCAGGCUAAUGGAUGGCGAACCCCUCUGUAUUGUCAAUUCAUUGCAAGUGGCAUUAUUGCUCUGGCUGUCUGGUUCUUACCAGAGUCCCCUCGGUGGCUCGUUAGCCAUGGAAAAACCGAAUCAGCGCGGAAUGUUCUCGCAAGAUACCACGGCGAGGGUAGCCCAGAUCACCCCAUCGUUAAAUUACAGAUGGCUGAGAUGGUGCUCCAGAUCUCAACCGAGGGAUCGGACAAAAGGUGGUGGGACUACAGAGAGCUUUGGAAGACCAGAUCUCAGCGUCGUCGCCUGAUCUGUGUUCUGUCAAUGGCUGUAUUCGGUCAAUGGUCCGGCAACUCCUCCACUAGCUACUAUCUUCCCGUCAUGCUGGAGAGCGCAGGUAUCACUUCAGAGAGUCGAAAGCUUCUUCUUAACGGCAUCAACGCACCCCUUUGUUUCGUUGCUUCGAUCACGGGAACGAUGUUCCUUGACAGGGCCGGUAGACGUCCACUCCUCAUAUCCAGUCUCAUCUGCUGCAUCAUUUUUCUUGCCAUCUUAACGCCUCUUUCGAAGGUUGCAUCUGAGCACCCAGAACAAGGCUCGACUGCGAACGCAAGUAUCGCAUUUAUUUACCUCUUCGGCAUUACAUACUCGUUUGCGUGGACUCCGCUGUCCCCCAUGUACGUCGUUGAGUGCCUCGACGCCAACACACGUGCAAAGGGCAAGGCCCUGGCCCAGUUUUUUACAGCCUGUGCUUCCGCCAUCAUCCAGUACGGCUCCGGUCCGGCUUUCGAGAAAAUCAAAUACUACUUUUACAUCGUCUUUAUUGGCUGGGAUCUGUUCGAGGUGGCUUUCAUCUACCUCUUCUGGCCGGAAACGAAAGACAGGACCUUGGAAGAGCUUGACGAGGUCUUCCAGGCACCUAAUCCUGUCAAACGGAGUCUCCAGGCUAAAGAUCUUCAAACUGUACUCAACACUCUUCAUGUCGGGGAUAAGCAAUCGGAAGUAUAA